CAGAACAACAUUCUGAUAGAUUCGGAUCGCAAUGUCCAUGUAGCAGACCAUGGGAUCCUGGCAAUGUGUUCUGAGCUCUCAGGGACUUCAUACAUCAGGAGCAAUGUGCGAUGGGCUGCGCCAGAGCUCUUCGAGGUGGCCGAGAACGAAGAGUCAUCGACUCCUCCACAGCCAGCCAGCGAUAUUUAUUCCUUCGGAUGCAUCAUGCUUCAGGUUAUGACAGGACGACCACCCUAUGCAGAUGUGCGAAGCGAUCAUCAAGUUACUGUCCUGAUACUCAAGGGUAAAAAGCCUACAAGACCGUCAAGUCCGCACGACGUAGAUUCUUUCUGGGAUUUCAUCGAGAAGUGCUGGAGUGAUACAGGACGUCGCCCCUCUGCCGUUGAUGUUCUGAGUUUUCUAGGACCAGAUCAUGUCACUGCUAGGGUAUAACGUGGGUCGACCUGGGUCAUACCCGCACCCGACCCGCAGGUACCGAAACUUUCAGAGGCCCACCCGUACCCGCCCGUGUCAGAGCAUCGCAGGUGCGGGUCAACCCACAGGUCACCCGUUAGUGUGGACAUAUUUUGCGAAACUGGCAUGUAUAUGU